AGUCCGCCGCCCGGGGACCCGGCGAGGGGCGGGGGCAGCCCCGAGCCGGCCCCGGAUCAACCCCGGUCCAUUCUCACGCUUCUCGGAAAGUUUUGUCUCCCUGCACUCAGCCGAGCUGCCGCGAGGAGGGUUUCCUCCACAGCCAUUGCUGGCCUGGCCUGGCCCCAAGUGUAGGAUGGGGUUUUCCCUACGAGGGCUGGUGGCAGCCAGAACUGAUACAGCCUCCCUGGUCUGGGGUCAGGACACCAGCUGAGGAGGGCAGGAGUUUCUGAAGCUAUGGCUAGUGCCUCAGUGAAAGUGGCAGUGAGGGUUCGGCCCUUCAAUGCCCGUGAGACCAGCCAGGAUGCCAAGUGCGUGGUCAGCAUGCAGGGCAACACCACCUCCAUCAUUAAUCCCAAACAGAGCAAAGAUGCCCCCAAAAGCUUCACCUUCGACUACUCCUAUUGGUCACAUACUUCAGCGGAAGACCCACAGUUUGCAUCUCAGCAGCAGGUAUAUCGAGACAUUGGGGAGGAGAUGCUGCUCCAUGCCUUUGAAGGCUACAACGUGUGCAUCUUUGCCUAUGGGCAGACAGGAGCUGGCAAGUCCUACACCAUGAUGGGACGGCAGGAGCCAGGGCAACAAGGCAUUGUGCCUCAGCUCUGCGAGGACCUCUUCUCUCGUGUUAAUGAGAACCAGAACACUCAGCUUUCCUAUUCUGUGGAGGUGAGCUAUAUGGAGAUCUAUUGUGAGCGGGUACGAGAUCUCUUGAACCCCAAGAGUCGGGGCUCUCUGCGGGUCCGAGAGCACCCCAUCCUGGGCCCCUAUGUGCAGGACCUGUCUAAAUUGGCUGUGACCUCCUUCGCAGACAUUGCUGAUCUCAUGGAUUGUGGGAAUAAGGCUCGGACCGUGGCUGCCACCAAUAUGAAUGAGACCAGCAGCCGCUCCCAUGCAGUCUUCACCAUUGUUUUCACGCAGCGCUCCCAUGACCAGCUCAGUGGGCUGGAUUCAGAGAAGGUCAGUAAGAUCAGUUUGGUGGACCUUGCUGGGAGUGAGCGGGCUGAUUCCUCAGGGGCCCGGGGCAUGCGUCUGAAGGAAGGUGCUAACAUCAAUAAAUCCCUGACUACUUUAGGGAAGGUGAUCUCAGCACUUGCAGAUUUGCAAUCAAAGAAGCGGAAGUCAGAUUUUAUACCUUACAGAGACUCUGUGCUCACGUGGUUGCUCAAGGAGAAUUUGGGUGGGAACUCACGCACAGCAAUGAUUGCAGCACUGAGUCCUGCUGACAUCAAUUACGAGGAGACUCUUAGCACACUCAGAUAUGCAGACCGUACCAAGCAAAUCCGCUGUAAUGCCAUCAUCAAUGAGGACCCCAAUGCCAGGCUGAUCCGAGAGCUGCAGGAGGAGGUGGCCCGGCUACGGGAGCUGUUGAUGGCUCAAGGCCUCUCAGCCUCUGCUCUGGGAGGUUUGAAGGUGGAAGAAGGUAGUCCUGGAGGUGCCCUGCCAGCUGUGACAUCUCCCCCUGCUUCAGCUUCACCCUCAGCUCCCCCUGCACACAAUGGGGAACUGGAGCCCUCAUACUCCCCAGAUACUGAGCCCCAGAUUGGGCCUGAGGAAGCCAUGGAGAGACUACAGGAGACAGAGAAGAUUAUAGCUGAGCUGAAUGAGACCUGGGAGGAGAAGCUGAGGAAGACUGAAGCCCUGCGGAUGGAGAGAGAAGCAUUGCUGGCUGAGAUGGGGGUGGCCGUCCGUGAGGACGGGGGAACUGUUGGCGUCUUCUCUCCAAAGAAGACUCCCCACCUGGUAAACCUGAAUGAGGACCCCCUGAUGUCUGAAUGUCUGCUCUACCACAUCAAAGAUGGUGUCACCAGGGUUGGCCAGGUAGAUGUGGACAUCAAGCUGACUGGACAGUUCAUCCGGGAGCAGCACUGUGUCUUCCGCAGCAUUCCUCAGCCAGAUGGAGAAGUGGUGGUCACAUUGGAACCUUGUGAAGAAGCUGAGACGUAUGUCAAUGGGAAACUUGUGAUGGAGCCGCUGGUGCUGAAGUCAGGGAACAGGAUCGUGAUGGGCAAGAACCAUGUUUUCCGCUUCAAUCACCCAGAGCAAGCACGAUUGGAGCGGGAACGAGGGGUCCCUCCACCCCCAGGACCGCCCUCAGAGCCUGUUGACUGGAAUUUUGCUCAGAAGGAACUACUGGAGCAGCAAGGCAUUGAUAUCAAGCUGGAGAUGGAGAAGAGGCUACAGGAUCUGGAGAAUCAGUACCGGAAAGAAAAGGAAGAGGCUGACCUUCUGCUGGAGCAGCAGCGGCUGGUGAAGUAUGCAGACUCUGACAGUGGAGAUGACUCUGACAAACGCUCCUGUGAAGAGAGCUGGCGACUGAUUUCCUCCUUGCGGGAGCAGCUACCCCCAACCACAGUCCAGACUAUUGUCAAGCGCUGUGGCCUGCCCAGCAGUGGCAAGCGCAGAGCCCCUCGCAGAGUUUAUCAGAUCCCACAGCGGAGGCGGCUACAGGGCAAAGACCCCCACUGGGCCACCAUGGCUGACCUGAAGAUGCAAGCAGUCAAGGAGAUAUGCUAUGAGGUGGCCCUGGCCGACUUCCGCCAUGGGCGGGCUGAAAUUGAGGCCCUGGCUGCCCUCAAGAUGCGGGAGCUGUGUCGCACCUAUGGCAAGCCUGAAGGGCCUGGAGAUGCCUGGAGGGCUGUGGCCCGGGAUGUCUGGGACACUGUAGGCGAAGAGGAAGGAAGUGGUGGUGGCGGUGGGGAGGAAGGAGCCCGUGGAGCAGAGGUAGAGGACCUCCGUGCUCACAUCGACAAGCUGACAGGGAUUCUACAGGAGGUGAAGUUGCAGAACAGUAGCAAGGACCGGGAGCUGCAGGCCCUGCGGGACCGCAUGCUCCGCAUGGAGAGGGUCAUCCCCCUAACCCAGGAUCAUGAGGAGAAGCAUGAAGAAGCUGGUAUGGUCACGUGGGCCUCACCUGAAGGGUCAGAGGCAGUAGAAUCAGUGCCCAAUGACUGCUCACCCUCUGCCCGGCCCCCCUCACCACCUCUGUCCAGCUGGGAGCGGGUGUCGCGGCUGAUGGAGGAGGAUCCUGCCUUCCGUCGAGGCCGUCUUCGUUGGCUUAAGCAGGAGCAGCUGCGGCUGCAGGGACUGCAGGGCUCUGGGGGCCGGGGUGGGGGACUGCGCAGACCCCCAGCCCGCUUUGUGCCCCCCCACGACUGCAAGCUGCGCUUCCCCUUCAAGAGCAACCCCCAGCACCGGGAGUCCUGGCCAGGAAUGGGGAGUGGGGAGGCACCAGUUCCACUGCAACCUCCUGAGGAGGUCACUCCUCCUCCAGCCACCCCUGCCCGCAGGCCUCCAAGUCCCCGCAGGUCCCACCGUCCCCGAAGAAAUUCCCUGGAUGGAGGGGGCCGAUCCCGUGGAGGGAGUUCCACACAGUCAGAAUCCCAGCACUUCCAGCCCAAAAAACACAACUACUAUCCCCAGCAGCCUCAACCAUACCCAGCCCAACGGCCCCCAGGGCCUCGCUACCCUCCGUACACUACUCCCCCGCGAAUGAGACGGCAGCGCUCAGCCCCCGACCUCAAGGAGAGUGGUGCAGCCGUGUGAGUCCCACAUCCUGGGCAGACAGGGCCUGGCAGGGCCCUUGCUGGGAAGGAGGAGCAUGCCAGAGCUGCUGCCGCCCCAGAAGCUCUGGGGUAGGGAAGCCAGGGAAGAGAGAGGGUCUGAGCAGGUGGUAGAAGAGAAGGCGUGGGGUGACUGAGCUGGAGGCCGAGAAGGAAGAGGGCAUGAAGUUGCCAGGAGCAAACCAAAGUGAAGGAAGAGUGAUGGAAGCCGCCUCGGGGCCACCCUUGCAGAGGGGCCCACAAAUGCUGCUAUGGGUUGGGGGGGCUGGGAGCUGCAUAGCCAGUGUUUGACUUUGUGGGUGCAAAGGGGAGAGAACCAAGAGUGACAUGGGUUCUCUUCCUGGCUCUUGUCUGUCUUGUCUUUGUGGUGGGUUUCUGUUUCUAGGGAGGUAUGUUGGGAUCAUGAGUCAUUCCCCUCCCUUUCAGGCCUCCUGCUGUAUUUGGGGGAGCCUGUCUGGCUUGGCUGGAGUCCCAUGAGGGUAUGGGACCUCUUAAUAAAGGAUAGAAACAGGGAGCUUGUGGCUGGUGGUUUGGUGUGGGUUUUUAAUAGAGGUGCAGGUUGUAUGAGUAAAGUGCAUCAUUUUA